AUGAACAUCCGUUGUGCUCGGCCGGAGGAUCUUAUAAACACGCAGCAUGCAAACCUUUUGUGCCUUCCAGAAAAUUACCAGAUGAAAUACUACUUUUAUCAUGCUCUAUCCUGGCCACAGCUUUCAUAUGUUGCAGAAGAUCAUAAGGGAAAUGUUGUUGGAUACGUUCUUGCAAAAAUGGAAGAAGAUCCUGAUGAGGAACCUCAUGGCCACAUAACUUCGCUGGCUGUGAAACGGUCAUACAGAAGGCUUGGGCUUGCUCAGAAGCUUAUGGAUCAAACAGCUAGAGCAAUGAUUGAAACAUUUAAUGCUCGAUAUGUAUCACUACACGUGCGAGUAAGUAACAGAGCAGCACUGAAUCUCUAUCAAAACACUUUGAAAUUCACAGCCAGUGAGGUUGAACCGAAGUAUUAUGCAGACGGUGAGGAUGCUUACGCGAUGAAAAGGUGUCUUGUUCAAUUUGCUACCGAAAAUAACAUCGAGCCAGCUGAUAAGGAAACUUUUUUUGCCGUCAAGUCAAAUGAUGAGAAGAAAAAGAGUAGGCAGUAA